GUGUAGCGAAAGCGAGGCCAGGGUUCCUACAAUACCAGGCGAGGAAUCUCGCUUUCGGGACAGAGCUUGUGGUUUCAGUCAAAGGGAAGGAGAAGGAAAAAAAAGAAAUGCGGAGAGAUGUAAGAUGGCAGAGCUGCAAAUGUUGUUAGAGGAAGAAAUCCCAGCUGGUAAAAGAGCAUUGCUAGAGAGCUACCAGAACCUAACGAGGGUAGCCGAUUACUGUGAAAAUAAUUAUGUCCAGGCACAGGAUAAGAGGAAGGCUCUGGAGGAGACCAAGGCUUACACCACGCAGUCCCUGGCCAGCGUCGCCUACCAGAUCAAUGCACUGGCGAACAACGUGCUGCAGCUGCUGGACAUCCAGGCGUCGCAGUUGCGCAGGAUGGAGUCCUCCAUCAACCACAUCUCCCAGACAGUGGACAUCCACAAGGAGAAGGUGGCCAGGCGCGAGAUCGGCAUCCUGACCACCAAUAAGAACACAUCGAGGACCCACAAAAUCAUCGCCCCCGCCAACAUGGAGCGGCCAGUGAGAUACAUCCGGAAACCCAUUGACUACACCGUGCUGGAUGACGUGGGUCAUGGGGUCAAGUGGCUAAAAGCCAAGCAUGGGAACAACCAACCAAUCAGAGGCGGGGGAACGCUCUCGAGGACCAAUCCGCCCACACAGAAGCCGCCCAGCCCUCCAAUGGCAGGACGGGGCACCCUCGGGCGGAACACGCCAUAUAAAACUCUGGAGCCUGUGAAGCCGCCCACAGUUCCCACUGACUACAUGACCAGUCCAGCUCGCCUGGGUAGUCAGCACAGCCCGGGACGCACCGCCUCACUCAACCAGAGACCCCGGACCCACAGUGGCAGCAGUGGGGGCAGCGGUAGCCGUGAGAACAGCGGAAGUAGUAGUGGCAUCGGACUGCCCAUCGCCGUGCCGACACCCUCCCCUCCCAGCAUGCCCCCUGUAUCCUCGGUUCCUCAAGGGCCUGGCCUCGGACCUAUCCCCAUGUCCCAGUUUGGCACCAUCUCCCGGCAAAUCUCGCGCCACAACUCCAGCACUUCGUCUGUCUCCACGCUGUCCGCCACGGGCACAUACCGCCGCGCGCCUUCUGUUUCAUCGCAGUUCUCAUUGCCCCAGGCACAUGUCAAUGGCGGCCCCGUUUACCCUCCAAACGCAAUGUCUGUUGCUCCCCCUCCACCUCCCAUGCCUCAGCUGACUCCCCAGAUACCCCUCACAGGCUUUGUGGCGAGGGUUCAGGAGAACAGUAAGUCAACAUCGAUGCCACUUAGCAUGACGCAAAGCUCUGACCGCUGUGUCUGUCUGCACGCUGUUCCAGUAACAGAUAACCCCGCCCCUCCUCCCCCUCCUCCCCCCGAUGACACGCUGAUGUUCGAUGACUCGCCGCCGCCCCCUCCCCCGCCUGUGGACUAUGAGGAUGAGGAGACAGCAAUGGUGCACUACAGCGACCCUUAUGCUGACGGGGACCCCCACUGGGCCCCUAAGACCUACCUGGAAAAGGUUGUUGCAAUUUAUGACUACACGAAGGACAAAGACGACGAACUCUCUUUUAUGGAGGGUGCUAUCAUCUAUAUCAUCAAGAAGAAUGAUGACGGUUGGUUCGAGGGUGUCUGCAAUGGCGUGACGGGUCUGUUUCCUGGAAACUACGUGGAGUCCAUCAUGCAUUACGCAGAUUAAUGGGACAACGUUCAGCUGGAACAUUCCGGUGGACUAAAGAAUCACACCUACCAUUGACGGAUAGAUGAGGGAAUGAGUGUGUUCAAGACCGAAUUAAAAUAACAGUGACAACCUGCUUACUUCCGUGGUAAUUUGUCAUGUGACUAAAUUCUAUAUACUGUGAGCAGUAGGUUGUGGGUAGUAUAAUGCUGUGUGCCUGUUGAUUAUGCUGAGCAGUUAUGUGAUUAUGCAACAUGUCGAAGGAUUGCUUUUUUUAAAUUCCUUUUUUAUUUUUUGAAUCAGGUUUUAAACUGUGCCAUUUGUCACCUACAGCAAUUCACUCGACAGAAGGCCAGAUUUCCGAGUGUGAAAUACAAAUCUUGUUGUUUUUUUUUGUCAGAACUACUGGUUUAAAGUUUUUCAAAUGUCCAAUCCGCUUAUGAAAAUGUAUUUAUCUUGCUUAAGACGUGUGUAAGCAGUUUAGAAGACGUUCUAGGCGUUUAAUCCAUUACGCUUCCAAGAUGACGUAAUAUUUACAGUGAGCACUCGAUUUUUAUUUUAUUUUUUUGCUCCCAUGGACGUUUUAUGCUGUAAUUGUAUAUUUAUAGAGCUUAUUGCAGAGUCGUACGUCUGGUAGUCUCCAUGUUCAUUCUGACACUUGUUUUGGACCGAUCCAAAAUCACACGACAUCACCAUGUUUCUCCAACAAAGGACAGCUUCUGUAUUGGUCUUUGCGGUGUAUGAAUUGUUCCGUAGCUCUGCUAACAGUGGUUCUUCAGCAUUCUGAAAUGUAAAUAUAGGGCAUACGUAAGGGUCCUCUAAAUGGCUAACCACUACUCCGUUUUGUCUUUGAGCAUGCUGGCUGAAAGAAUGGCCAUAUUGAAUUGUUAGUACAAAAUGCUAGGUGAUCAUGCUAUCUUGCACUGUGUUUCAUAAGCGAGACAAUGGGGCCGAUUUUGCAUUUGCAUAUGAUUUAAUGAGUUUAAUGAGUUUAAUGCACAUCAUGGCCGUUUUGUCACUGUCGUCGUGUAUUUUUAGUUCAAACAUUCUGUACCUCUUCCAGAUUUCCAGCUGUUUUUAAACCUUUCGGAAUAUCUCUUUUUACCCUUAGCACAUUCUUUCUCAUCUCCUGUUUGACUCCUAAGGCAAUCAAUCCCAAGGAACUAGUUUGUGUCUUGACCAUAAAUGUAAAAAAAAAAAAAAAAAUCAGGAUUUUACAGCUAACAUUGUUGCCUUGAUACUUUUUGUCUGUUUUUGUUACAUUCGCAGUUUAAAGGUAUUCUGUAACAUUUCGUUCUGUAAUGGUGAGGGAACUUAAUAUUGUCACCAUGUUUAAUUUGUACAUGUAUGUACAGUCUUUUAUAAUAAAUCAUUCUCCUAUA